CUCUGGUAUCCUAUGUCAUCAACUCACGGCGCUUUGUUUUUCUUGCGAGACAAAUCACGGAGGGAAUUGUUUUUAAUUUCCUUCAAACAGUCCGGUUUAAGUGGACCUAGCGAUUAGCUUAGUUUAGGACAUCCAAACGCUGAAAACUCGCGUUGUAAAGCAGAUCUUGUCUUUUGAAAAGUGAUGUGUUUGUAUGGUGAAAUCAGCUCAACGGUAGGCUAGCUAGCCUCUCCGAGAGGGUGUCCUGAUUGGAGCGGAAGGAAUUCCAAGCACUGGGAAGAACGGGAGAAAUCUCUGCUGGGAUGUCUUAAGCAACUUGGAAAACAUUGGGUUUUAUUACUCCACCUGGAAUCGUAAGGCUUUGGGCCUUAAGUAUGUGUUCGUUAGACUGAUAUCGAAUUCCAAGGAUACUUUGGAGGUUUUUUUUUUACUGUUCACCUACCAGUGGAGCGUUUAGCUAGCCACGUAGCUAUCCCUCAGUAGGAGGACAUUUAAAAUGGCGGAAGGUUGGCCCAUUCCUCCUGCUCUUGUAGUCAUGCUGCUGAGUUUGAGUGCUUGGGCCAGUGACUCUUGUCCUUCUGCGUGUUCGUGCAUAAAAGGACAAGGUGAUGUCCAUAUUUUGGACUGCAACAGGAAAAGGCUAUCGACCGCUACCCUUAACCCUCCCGACGGAAUAACUGAUGUCACCAUGAACCACAAUGAGCUGACUGUGUUUCCAUCUUUCGGAGAUGUUUCCUCGAACAUUACCUCGCUCUCAUUAGUCCACAACCGGAUCUCUGAGCUGUUGAUGCAUCAGCUGCAACCAUAUGUUUCCCUGGAGACGCUGGACCUGACAUCUAACUCCAUCUCUGAGCUCAAUGUCGGAUCCUUCCCAUCCAUGCAGCUAAAAUAUCUGAAUUUAAGUAACAAUAAGAUCAGCAUCCUGGAGCCCGGCUGCUUUGAAAACAUUUCCAGCUCCCUGCUGGUGCUGAGGCUGAACCGUAACAGAUUAGUAGUGCUGCCACCCAAAGUCUUCAAACUUCCACAGCUUCAGAUCCUUGAAAUGAAACGCAAUAAGAUCAAGAUAGUGGACAGCCUGACAUUCAAUGGGAUGGAUUCACUAAAGACUCUGAAGAUGCAGAGGAAUGGCAUCACCAAGCUCAUGGACGGAGCCUUUUUUGGACUGAACAACAUUGAAGAGCUAGAGUUGGAGCACAACAACCUGACCGAAGUCAACAAAGGAUGGUUGUAUGGCCUGCUCAUGCUGCGUAUCCUGCGAUUAAGCCAGAAUGCUAUAGGUGUCAUCCGACCAGACGCCUGGGAGUUUUGCCAAAAGCUAGAGGAACUAGACUUGUCCUACAAUCAUCUGACUAGACUUGAGGAGACAGCUUUCAUUGGAUUAGGUCUCCUGGAGAGCCUCAACCUGGGAGAAAACUCCAUCAGCCAUUUGGGAGAGGGAGUUUUCAGCGGCCUGGCAAGUCUGCGCACCCUAGAUAUCCGCUACAAUGAAAUCUCCUGGGCUAUUGAAGACUCCAUUGGUGUGUUUGAUGGAAUGAAGAAGCUGAGCACGCUAAUUCUACAACAGAACAAAAUCAAAUCAAUCACCAAGAAGGCAUUUGAAGGCUUAGAGGAGCUGGAGAAUCUGGACCUAAGCAAGAAUGACAUUAUGUCCUUACACCCAGAGGCGUUGUCCCAUAUGAAGCUGAAAGUAUUUGUUCUGAACACAAGCAGUCUGCUGUGUGACUGUCAUAUGCAGUGGUUGGGUCCCUGGUUGAUGGAGACCCAGUUCCAGCUGUCUGUCUCAGCUAUCUGUGCCCAUCCAGCCAAUCUGCUUGGUCGCAGCGUCCUGUCUAUCAGCCCAGAGGAGUUUGUUUGUGAUGAUUUCCCCAAACCUCAGAUCACAAGUCACCCAGAGACGUCCGUGGCACUACGGGGAAACAACGUGACUCUCAGUUGCAUUGCAUCCAGCAGCAGCGACUCGCCGAUGAGCACGGCAUGGCGGAAGGACGGCGAGGUGCUGCAUGACGCAGAAGUCCAGAACUACGCCCGCUACCAGGAGGGAGAGCUCAUUUAUACUACCGUGCUCCACCUGCUUAAUGUUAACUUCACUGACGAGGGCCGUUACCAGUGUGUGGUCUCCAAUCACUUUGGUUCUAACUACUCUCGCAGAGCAACGCUUACUGUCAACGAGCUGCCCUCCUUCCUAAAGACUCCGAUGGAUCUAACAAUCCGCGCUGGGACAAUGGCCAGGUUGGAGUGCGCCGCUGAGGGCCAUCCAUCCCCCCAGAUCGCUUGGCAGAAGGAUGGAGGCACCGACUUCCCCGCAGCCCGAGAACGCCGAAUGCACGUGAUGCCGGAUGAUGACAUAUUCUUCAUCUCCCACGUUAAGACCGAAGACAUGGGAGUGUACAGCUGUACGGCUCAAAAUGCAGCCGGCAGCCUGUCGGCAAACGCAACUCUCACUGUCCUCGAAACGCCGUCCUUCAUGCGGGAGCUGGAGGACCGGACGGUGGCCGACGGGGAAACGGCCGUGCUUCAGUGUAUAGCCGGCGGCAGCCCCGCUCCGCGCCUGAACUGGACCAAAGACGACGGGCCCCUGGUGCUCACAGAACGCCACUUUUUCGCAGCCGCCAACCAACUCCUCAUCAUCGUGGACGCCGGAGCAGCCGAUGCUGGGAAAUACACCUGCAUCAUGUCUAAUACUCUGGGCACCAAGCGCGGCCACAUCUACCUCAGCGUUUCACAGUCCAAAUGCGAUACCAGCACAGGCUACGACCAGGAUGGAUGGGCCACUGUCGGCAUAGUGGUGAUUGUGGUGGUGUGCUGUGUAGUCGGAACCUCUCUGGUGUGGGUCAUUGUCAUCUAUCACAUGCGCAGGAAGAGUGAGGACUACAGCAUCACCAACACCGACGAGAUCAAUUUGCCAGCAGAUAUCCCCAGCUACCUGUCCUCUCAGGGCACCUUGUCAGAGCCUCAGGAAGGCUACAGUAACUCUGAGGCUGGCAGCCACCAGCAGCUCAUGCCUCCCCUUUCCAACGGAUACAUCCAUAAAGGCACAGAUGGUGUAUGUUAUGGAGACACGUGCAGUGAGGUGGAAACCGAAGGGAACGGCAUGCUGCACUGCAGGAUGGGCUCUCUCUUCACUGGACACAGCAGCUUCCAUCCUGGGGAGUCUCGUGACGGACUUGGAGGUGCCGGAGGCCAGCUGGUAAUCUGCUCCGACUGCUAUGAUAAUGCCAACAUCUACAGUCGUACAAGGGACUACUGUCCCUAUGCCUAUCAGGUGGAGGAUGAUGCCCUGGAUAGGACCCUGCCAGGCCUAAAGGAGGUCAUAAGUGAGCACGCUCAGGCUGAAGACGCAGCUUUGGGGAGCUUUAUAGGCACCUCCCAUGAUAAAAGGAUAAACAACUACACUUCUCCAGAGCUCUAUGUUAAUGGCUCCCUCAGCACAUCGUUCUGGAGAGAAGAUCCGUCCUCCAUACUCCAGUCCGGAGCGUCCCACCUGUCGGCGAGCGUACACCGGACCCCUCCUCCUCCCUGUGCUGCUGAUGGGGCCGCAGAACACAGCGAAACGGACGCUAGCUAUUUCCCAGGCCAGAGCUCCCAGGACCACAGAAGUGCCUCUUGCAGGACUACCACACACGAGCAUCUGGCUCCCACAUAAGGUCUUUACACUCACUUCCUGCCUCUGAUUGUUGCUGCGCCUACUCCCCUGUGCCCGCCGCCACCCCUCACCCACUACCUCCAAACAAACACCUCACAUUCUGCCAAAGAUGCUCUCUUGUAUGUUUACAUUCCCCUUUCCGCUCAAGAGCAAGAGGACAUGCUAACCCCAGCUGUGGAUCCACGGCUGUGUCCAUCUGGAUAAUUUAGCCCAUGAUUAAAGUGGCCUCCAUCCCACCCCCCGCCCCCAUUCUCCGGGGGGGGGACCCCUUCUUUCCCCUUCUUCUUUGGUCUCUUACGAGAGAAAACGAUGAAUGUAUGCUUCAAAUAGCCAUGUCAGACGCUGUCAUGAGAGACACGGCCGCCUUUCCAAAAGCUCGUCUCUAGAUUCCUGUAAUGCAGACACAUGUCGGAGCAGCCUGCGUGACUUUAAAGAAAAAGCACUAAGCACCUCUGCUCAAAUAGGGGGGGGCAAGGGAGGUUGAACAAGGGACAAAUUAAGCUCCCCGACCAGCAGUUUUUGGUUGAUGGUGUUGAAAAGAUCCAUGAAGGCUCACCUUCCACAGCCAUGAUGACAGACUUUAUGCAGAUCCCAGAGACAGUGACACCAAAAUGUGGUGUGUAUUAUGGAAAUACAUAUAUAUAUAUACAAAAAUGUGUACGAAUAUAUCAUAUAUUGUCUAUUCGGUUUUCCUUUUUCGUUCCAUAUAAAGCAUAAUUGUUCAUUUUAUGAUUUUAUGUCUUUUAUAAUAAUGAGCAGUUUGGGAAGAAAGUGUACUUUUUUUUCUUUUUUUUUUAUCUCUCUCUCCUUUGCACAUGAGACAAUCACAGUUUUGCUGGUUAUUUUCCGACGGUUGUCCAGUUGAUGGCCUUUUUUUUCCCAGCAUUCUCAGAAACCGUGAUCAGGUGACUAUGUGAUAUCGAAUUUUUUCUUUUUCUUUCCUCUUGAUACAGUAUGCACUGAUUUGUUAGCCCUUUCCCUCCGUGUUACUGGCACUUAACAGUGACUAACUUAAUUAUGCAGUUUACAUGCUGUUUAUUUCUUCCCCCCGCUGUAAAGAUUAACUUUACAGGCAGCAAUCCUUCCAUUAUUUUUAGGUUUUCAUUUGGACUGUGAAAAAUGAGAAUGUAUUGUAUAAUUUGAUGUGUAUGUAUGUGUACAUAAUGUUAUUAUCUAUUGAAUUUGAAGCUCUACUGGUACAUUUGAGGUCUAAGCCGCAUCAGCUUAAAAAAAGGAAAAAAAACAAACAUCCAGUUUAUUAGUUUCAAGCCCACACUGUCCCAGCAUUACCCACAAAGUUUAACGUGUAGGUUUCGGUAACGGUAAUAACGUCUUCUUUAUAUCUGGGUCUUACUGUUCCCACCAACACUAAUCCAGCCGCUGCACAGCACCGUUUACAAAUGUCAGUUAUUGUGUUGUUCUGAAAAUGGAAAUUGCUUUUUUUUUUUUUUUUAUGUAAAAUUCUGCUC